UGCUUUUCGAGGCUCGACCGCUCGAACUGCGAUUUGCGAAUUACGAUUUCGAAUAUGAAAUAAUUUCUUGGAUCGGCUUGGCACAAUCUGAUAUCUAAACUAUUGAUUGGUAUUUAUAUUCUUGGAAUAACAAUUUCCCCUUUAUAUGUGGCAUAACUAUCGAAACGAAUUUAUGACGAAACAGCUGUGCAAACGUUUGCCUACAUAGAGAACUUUGAUGAUACAAGGAAGUCAUUUUAAUGGCAAAAAUGUCCAAAAUAAAGAAGUUAACCGGAUCCUUUCGGUACACACAGUGGGAUCCAUGCCUGAUUAUAUCACAAAUAGUAGCCAUGCAGAGUGUAAUGUAUUUAACAUUGUGUCUUCUUGUCGCGAUUAUGCAGGACCUAACGGGAUCAACGAGGACCCUCGACCAUAUAUUUGAGUAUCAUGAAAUCCAUGUAAAAGACAAUGAAGGGAGGUCUGUCAUUUUGGCGUUUGUUAUAAAUGCAGUUAUUGGUGCAUAUCUGUUGUGGUUACUAGUGGGACGGACUAAACUGUGCUUGGAUUUCAGUUGCACAUACUACGGAUUCCAUCUGCUAGUAUGCUGGCUGUACAACGGAAUGUUCCCAACCACGUUUUCCUGGUGGGCUCUGAACAUAGCCUGUGCGGCGAUCACGUGUGUGGCCGGCGAGUUUCUGUGCCUCCGGACUGAGUUACAAGCAAUACCACUCAGUAAUAUAGGUGCGAAGGUGGACUUAUGAAAUACGAACUAUACGAACAUUUAAAUACAGCGAAACAUGCAUUGAAAGCAGGACAGAUCUGUGCUUAAGUUAUGUGAAAAGUGUCCAUAUGUAAUAAAAUAAAUCUUUUAUAAUCUGUAGGUGUUGCGUUGUGUCCAGCAAAUGUUACAAAAAUUCGUGAAUCAACCACAAGAGUGCAGAGUUCACAUCUGAAUUUUUAUGGAUAGAUGUGAAGUUAGUUGUAAACGAUAGAAGAGUGUAAUGUGUUGAUUAAAAGAUAUGGAGUGUAGAUAAAAGGAUAUGGGCCUUUUUCACAAUCGAGAGCAUUGGCCCAGCAAUAAAUAGUCGAUGUUUACCGCCAUUACGGCGAUUACGAAUAAACAUGUACAAUGACAGCAGAUCAUAGACAUUCAGCCCUUCUACACUAUUUUGAUUGCUCUACGUCUCCAACACUGUCCAUUGUGAAGAGGGCCCAAUAAAUACUAUUUCUACACCACCACCCUUAUUUGAUACAAUAUAGCAGACACUUUUCUAUACGAGAGUUUGAAUUCUUUAUCUAUACUCCAUAAAUUGUUUUGAUGGACAUUACAUGGUAGAAUAAGUAGUAUUGGUGCGAAUGUAUUUAUGAAACUCAAAUUUUUAUGACUAUCUAUAUGUUUUAUAGAUAUUGAAAAAGAGAAGGAUGAUCAAGGUUAAUAGUACUGUCUCUGUUGCUAAGUGAGGUUUUUGCAAAUUGAUAUGUAAUAUCAUUGAUGUUGUAAAUUCCACCAAAACCGAAUUUUAAUUAUAAAUAGAGGAAGAAAUUGUUUAAAUCAUCUGCAAUAUUAUUGAUUGAUUUUGCUUAAUUUUGAUAUUCAAAUGAUAUAAAAGCCAGAACAUUGAUUUUGCAUAUAGAAUAAAGUUUGUAUGUCAUCUGUAAUCAUAAAAUCAUUUUUAAACUAUUGCAUAGCUUCUAUCGCGGGCUUUGAGCGCGGGGACCGAAUCGAGAAAUUCCGUAACGAAAAAACCUCACGCUGCCCACUCCGACGGGCGGAGGUGUGGCUUGAAGGCAUAGCAUGCAAUAGCUUUACCGCGCCAGUCCUCGAGUGCCACACGUCUUUUUUUAAAUACAUAAAUGGUCAAUUAAUUUAUUUAGAGCAAGUACAUUGAUUAAAGAUGGUAUGUUUAAUGCGUAAAUACAUAAAGUUAGACGCCAUGCAUUAAAAAAUUGAUGAUGA